ACAGAAUGCACUGAUAAUGGGUAGAAAAACCUGGUUCUCCAUUCCUGAGAAGAAUCGUCCUUUAAAAGACAGAGUUAAUAUAGUGCUCAGCAGGGAGCUCAAGGAAACCCCAAAAGGAGCACAUUAUCUUUCCAAAAGUCUGGAUGAUGCUUUAGCUCUUUUGGAUUCUCCAGAGUUAAAAAGUAAAGUAGACAUGGUUUGGAUCAUCGGAGGCACUUCAGUUUACAAGGCAGCAAUGGAGAUGCCAGUUCAUCAUCGAUUGUUUGUGACAAGAAUUUUGCAAGAAUUUGAAAGUGACACGUUUUUUCCAGAAAUCAACUACAAAGACUACAGACUUCUCACAGAGUACCCAGGUGUCCCUGCUGAUAUCCAAGAAGAGAAUGGCAUCCAGUACAAAUUUGAAGUGUAUGAAAAAGCUGUCUUGGCACAAUAAAUGAGGCUUUCCGUACUUCU